AUGGAGAAUAUUGAUCAAGAGUACAAACACUACUGGGAGACCAACAUGUUUCUCCAAACCCAAGAGCUUGAUAGUAGUUGCAGCUGGGGAUUGGAUGAAGCAUUUUCAAGUUACUAUGAUUCAAGCUCUCCAGAUGGUGCAGCUUCAUCUAAGAAUAUAGUUUCUGAAAGAAAUAGAAGAAAUAAACUCAAUGAAAGACUCUUUGCACUUAGAGCAGUGGUCCCUAAUAUUAGCAAGAUGGAUAAGGCUUCAAUUAUUAAGGAUGCAAUCGAGUAUAUACAGCACUUGCAUGAACAAGAGAAGAAUAUUGAGGCUGAGAUAAUGGAACUUGAAUCUGGGAUGCCAAAUAGUAUUAAUCAAAAUUAUGAUUUUGAUCAAGAACUUCCUGUGUUGCUAAGAUCCAAAAAGAAGAGAACAGAUCAAUUGUAUGAUUCUGUCACUUCAACAAACUCUCCCAUUGAACUUCUUGAGCUUAGGGUUACGUAUAUGGGAGAAAAUACAAUAGUUGUGAGCAUGACAUGUAGCAAAAGGACAGACACAAUAGUUAAACUAUGUGAAGUGUUUGAAUCUUUGAAGCUUAAAAUCAUCACUGCCAAUAUCACUUGUUUUUCUGGCACACUUUUGAAGGCAGUCUUCAUUCAGGCCAAUGAAGAAGAUAAAGAUUUAUUGCAGCUACAGAUCCAAACAGCCAUUGCAGCUCUUAAUGAUCCUCAAAGUCCUAUGAGCAUCUAA